CUUACCUUCCCUAUUCUCUGGCUGUCACUGUCAUUGUCACCUUUGACAGUCUUUUUUUCUCUAUUAGAAAGUUUCAAAAUUUUGGCUGUUUUUGGCACUAGAUUGGGCCCUUUUUGCCAAUGGCAACCAACGACGAGACAGAAAAUGACAAUAAAAUGUUUGGCCCCCUUGUGUUCAAGCCGUCGGGCCCCCCGGAGACCGAAACCGAAGCAACUUGUCUCCUGUGCGAUAACACGUUUAACAUAACUUUACGUUUCGAUAUUUUCGUACGCCAUUUAUUCGAAGUGCACUAUUUGGUGAUUGAAGAAGUGCAAAAUAUUGCAAAUUUGCCACAAUAUUGUCAGUACUGGCGGGACAAAUUCAAGGAAACCCCAAUCGAGGAAAUAAUACCAUCUAUAAAAAUCGAUUCCUCCAAUCAAACCUACUUCCUGUUAUCAACCCUACUGAAAGAAGACAAACUUUUGCGCCACAAACUCCACCUCGAGCACGUUUUGCGCGUGCAAGAGUUCGAGCGCGUGGAUGGGGGCUAUCAAAGACCUUGUCUUUUCUGUAAAUUGCACUUCGAAGGCACACGAACCGAUUUCAUCCGCCACUUAGAAUCGCAACACAAUCUCCAACUGGGGAAUCCCCAAAACUUGGUUUUCGUCGAAGAACUGUUGGAAAAAAUCGACGAGCAUUUGGCGAAACUGACUUGCAUUUUCUGCCAGCGGGUUUUCCCCGAACGUAGCGUCCUGAAGGAGCACAUGCGCAAAAAACUCCACAAACGGAUUAACCCGCGCAACGCCGACUAUGAUAAAUACUUCAUCGCGAAUUAUCUGGAGCCUGACAAGUUGGGGAAAAAGGCGCAAGAACGUGACGUCAUGUUGCAGCAAGAUGAUUCGAACAAUGAUGAGGAGUAUGACGAUUGGUACGAAAAGGACGAUUUUAUUACGUGUCUCUUCUGCGAGAAACGGGACACGAAUAUCAACACUUUGUGCCUCCAUAUGGAGGCAGAUCACGAUUUUGAUUUUGCGGAAUUGACGCAAAAUUUCGAUUUCUACCAAAAGGUUAAGUUAGUGAACUAUGUGAGGCGGCAAGUGCACAACCACAAGUGUUUUUAUUGCGAUUUGAGCUGCAAAAGUGCGAAAAAUUUGCAAGAGCAUUUAUUUGAAGCCCAACAUUGCAAAAUCCCCGAUUUGAAAAUUUUCGAUCAACCUGAAUUUUACUUCCCCACGUACGAGAAUGACGCCCUUCUCUAUUUAAUUGAUGAUGUUGAAGAUUAAAUAAAUUGAAAUUCGAA